UCCUGCUCCCUCCUCCUCAUCCUCCCUCCUCCUCCUCCUCCUCCUCCUCCUCCUCCUCAUCAUCAUCAUCAUCAUCAUCACCACCAUCAUCACCAUCAUCACCAUCACCAUCAUCAUCAUUCAGUUCAAUUUACCUGAUGGAAAGUAGGUGUGUACCUUUGAAUCCCCUCAUUUUUACACGCAGAGGAAGUUGGGGAAAAAUUGGAAAGGGAGUAACAUCAGAGAAAUACAAAAAAAUAGUAAAAGCUGUAGAGAUAAACAAAGUAUGUCAUGCGUUAACAAUAUUUAAAGGCAUACGUACUCGCUUUGGUGCGCAAUCCAGUAGUCACUUGAAGCGCACCUAAACUACAGGGAAAGUAAUAUGAUCUGUAGUCUGCAAGCAUCUUGGUGAAUGCGAGCAGUGGUGUGCGCCGUGGUUAAUACACUAAUACAGUGUAUCAACAAAUGUUACUUAAAGUGUGUCAGUAGUACCAUAACUGUAUCAGAUUGUUAGCGUAAGGUAUCAAGACGAUAGUUGUCGGAUGGCACUGUGGUGCGCGCUGCAAUGUUGAUCCAGAUCCCUUUUAAAAGUUUCUACGGAUGCAGAUAUUAGAACCUCCUCCGACAAAGCAUCCCAAGCUGCAAUCACUCUGUUGGGGAAGAAGAACUUCCGUGUGUCCAGCCUGUCACGCGUACUUUGAGUGGAUGACCUCUCAGAUUAGUCGUAGUCGCCAACUUGAAGAAGUCUCCAUAUGCGAGGAAGCAGUCCUGAUCGCGCAGGCUGCGGAAAGCUUCUAUGUGGUCACUUCGUAGUUGCCUGUAACUCAAAGAGAAGAGAUGAGGAUUAGCUAGUUGCGUUUCGUAGGGUAGUGAGUCCCGUCCAGUUACAAGUGUGGUUGCCAGCCGCCAAGAAUACUAGGGUUUUUAGCUGUCCCAGGGUCUCCAUGCUUGGAUAGUAAACUCCAGAUGCGGCCGUACAAAGGCAUUCAUGCCCUAUAGCUGCUCCGCUCCUAAAGCGCCCUCUGCCAAACUCCUUUAUCCCUCUGGAGACACUUUACUAGUCAUAUUUAUGCCCAAGGUCAUGCCCAUACCGUUCGUCCUGAAAUGUUUUUCCUCUCUUCCAAAAACGCAGGCCGUCUUCGGCGUUCCUCUUGAGACGGCCAUAGACCGCAGUCCCAGCCACGACGGCGUCCACCUCCCAGCCUUCUUCCGUCAGUGCAUAGACUUCAUUGAGGAGUAUGGUUUAGCCACGGAGGGAAUCUACCGAGUACGUUUCUCACCUCGACGUCGCCCCCUCUUAAGGCUUGCUCGCAUAACCCCUCCCUUGCACUGCUUGCUUUUCUGUCUCCCACAUAGGUGCCUGGCGUAAAUUCGCAGGUGAAGACAAUCAUCGAUGCGCUCAAUCGGGGCAUCGAGUUCCCCGACAUCCCGCCCAGCUCCCCCACCUACGCCUCCCCCUCGGCCUGUCAGUCUCUUCGGCGUACCUCAGGUUACUGUCGUCUCUUUGCUUCGAUUUAA